CACCCUUCCGCCAAUAUAUGAUGAGGCGUUUGAACACCUAGCAGUUGUGUUUAGGUUUUUUGUUUGUAAACUGCAAACUGUGAUGUGAAAUGGCUACCACUACUGCGGUGACAGAUUUCAAGGUUGAGGCAACCAAAGUAAAAUGGGAUCCAAAGUCAGUGGAGAUCCGAACAAGGAGUGUCGAAAAGACGCUAGAGCCUUUAGUUCAUCAGGUUACAUCACUGGUAAACCACCAAAGAAAGUCAAAAACAGGAAAAUCAAAGAAAGCCACCCAGUUGGCCAAAGAGAUUGAUGAAGCCACUGAAAGGCUUGUUAUCGUGGGUGAGAGCAUUGCAAAAGACUUCCCUGAAAUUAAAGAGCCAAUGCUAGAAGCAUGCAAAGAAGCAAGAUCUGCUGGAGAUACAAUGAGGGCAGCCUCAAAUGAUUUUGCUGCUGAUCCAUGUUCAUCUGGAAAAAGAAGUGUAAUGAUAAGAGCUGCCAGAGCACUUCUUGCAGCAGUCACAAGGUUGCUAUGUGUUGCAGACAUGGCUGAUAUUUACAGGCUUCUUGCCACUUUGAAAAUGGUUGAAAAAAGAUUGAAAGAGCUUGAUGGUGCAGAAAAUACAGAUGAGUUGUUGAAAAGCUUCAAGAAUUAUGGAGAUGAUUUGAUGAAACUUGCAAAAUUGUCUGGAAUUAGACAAGCUGAUUUGAAAGAUCCAAGAAAGAAAGAUGAAAUGGCUGCUGCCAGAGCAACUUUGAAGAAGUCAAGCCGAAUGUUACUCACCACAUCAAAGGCAUUUGUUCGACAUCCAGAGGUGGCAUCGGCAAAACACAACCGUGAUUUUGUCAUGAAGCAGAUCAGUGAUGCUGUAAAGGCAAUAUCAGGAGUUGCUCAAGCUGUAGGUGAAAGUACACCAUCACCUUUUGAACAAGCUGGUGCCUUGGCUAAAGCCCUUACAGACUUGCUGGCAAUGAUUAACAGAAAGCCGGCUGAUUUCAAAGAAAAGACAACACGCGUGGAGCUAGAGAAACAAUUGGAUGAACUUCUGGCUGCCGCAGCCCGAUUGGCAGACUCUUCUUGCACACGUGACAAUACACGUGACAGGUUGAUUGCUGAGUGCAACAAUGUCAAACAAGCUCUACAGAAUCUCAUGGACGAGUAUAUGAAACAUGCCAAAGGAAAGCCCAAUGACGUACCAGGUGCAAAAAAUCAGUUGGAAAAGAAGGCAAGGGUUCUUGGAAAACAGCUGCGGAAAGCGAUUAUAGAUCAUGUGUCAGACUCGUUCUUGGAAACCAAUGUUCCAUUGAUGCUUUUGAUCGAGGCUGCCGAAGCUGGAAAUGAAAAAGAGGUUAAUGAAUGUGCUGUUGUCUUCACUGAACAUGCUGCCAAGCUUGAGGAGGUGGCCAAUCUUGCUUGCUCAAUGUCGGAUAAUGUUGAAGGUGUAAAGAUGGUGCGCAUUGCUGCCAAUCAGCUUCACUCAUUGUGUCCACAGGUAAUAAACGCCGCCCGCACGCUAGCAGCUAGGCCUAGAAGUAAAGUUGCUAAGGAAAACAUGGAUGUGUUCAGAGAUGCUUGGAUCAAUCAAGUGAAAGUGCUUACUGAAGCUGUUGAUGACAUUACAACAAUAGACGAUUUCCUCGCCGUCUCAGAGGCUCACAUCCUUGAGGACGUGAAUAAAUGCAUUGAGGCUUUGCAGCAAGGAGAUCCAGAGACCCUCGACAGAACGGCAGGCGCCGUACGGGGACGCGUUGCUCGUGUUGACAACGUCGUUUCUGCGGAAAUGGAGAACUAUGAAGCUGGGCCGUACACGGAAACCGUCCAAAGAGCUGUUCACAUAAUGAGGGAAAGCAUUAUGCCGCAGUUUGCUGAAUAUGUUGACACUGCAGUUGAUGCACUUAACCAAGACCCAAAUGCUGAAUUUGAUGAAAAUGCUUUCAUUGACGCAUCAAGACUGAUAUACGAAGGCAUUAGAGACAUACGACGUGCUGUUAUGAUGAAAAAGAAACCAGGGGACGAAGACUUUGAUGAAGAAGAAGAAAUGGAGGAACAAGGAACACUUCUGACGUCACUUGCUGAUGCUCAAACCAGACAGAGGGAAAAGGCUGCCUAUGAGCAAUUGAAAGCUGGAGGUAAAGUGCAGUUUGAGAUUCACAGCGAGGGUGGUGAUGACCCUGGCGUAAAAGGAGAGGCCUCCAUUAUCGUCAACGGAAUAGAAUGUUGUCCAAAGCGCAAAGGCCACAACAUUGUUGUCCUUGAUGAAAUUGGAAAUGUUGUUGCAACAAGGUCUUUCAAUACAGUUGAGGCUGCGGAGGGAAUGUCCAUGGCUAAGUUCUUGGAAGACAUUCCUGAGGAGCACAUUGCUCUCAUUGCAGUUCAGGAUACUACAGGGAAAGGAGUGGAAAAGGCGGAAGCAGCCUUGAAGAAACUUGGUGCUGUUGAACCAAUGGAUCCAGGUUUCAAAGGAUCAUGGGCCUUUGCUGGAUUCAAAGGAGCUCACCAUACUAAAAACUGGGUAACACAGGUUACCAGACCUCGUUACCACGGACCAGCAAUGGUUGCUGAUAUGAUAAACACACCUGCGGCUGAUCAAGGCAAAAUAAAAGUGGAGAUUUCGUCAGAGGGCCUAGACGACCCCGGCUAUGCCAGAAUAGCGUCUAUCAAAAUAAACGGAAUCGAACGAAGUCCCAUGGUGCGUGGUAUGAAUGUGGUCAUUCUAGACGCGGCUGGAAAUUACCUCAUGUCGAAGAACUUUGAUACAGCCGAUCCAACUCGCGGCAGAUCAGAAGGACAAAAAAUGGCGCAGUUCUUGGACGAUUUGCCUAGUGAAAGAAUGGUCUGUGUUUCAUCGUUAGAAGCCACCGGUGAGGGCAUGGGUGAAGUCAGAGAGGCGCUCAUACGAGUAGGUGCCGACGAAGACAGCGAAUCUGGAACUAAAGGAUCUUUCGCCCUUCUUGGUUACACCGGCCCUGAGAAGGUCGUUUGGUUAAAGCAAGUCCAAAAGCCUCGUGGGCAAGGCCCUGCCAAAAUCAUGACGUUCGUUAUCACUCCAGAAGGUGCCGAGAGACUGAAAUUAGGAGAAGAAGAUGUUUUCCAAGAUUACGAACCAGGUACAUUCUCAGAGUAUGAUGAUUUCCAAAAGCAAGGUGAAAAAGAAUUCGACCAAAAUUAUGGUACGAUGAACAACAAAAGCGCACGCUCCAUUAUGAGAGCACUACCAGCAGAAGAGAAGGCGAAAAUCGCCAAGCUGAAUGAAGGCCUUCGAAUGGAGAAGAACAGGCUGGUAACUGAAGUGAGCAAAUGGGAUGACCAGAGUAAUGAAAUCAUUGUUUUGGCAAAGAAAAUGUGUAUGAUAAUGAUGGACAUGUCUGAUUUCACAAGGGGAACAGGACCGCUGAAAACAACCAUGGAUGUUAUUAAGGGAGCAGAGAGAAUCGCAAAGAUGGGACAAGCAUUAAACAAGCUGGCUGGAGACAUUGCCGAAAUGUGCCCACACAGCUCCACGAAAAACGAUUUGUUGGCCUAUCUUCAAAGGAUCGCCCUUUACUCUCACCAGCUUACGAUUACGUCACGAGUCAAGGCUGAUGUACAGAUGAUAAGUGGAGAGCUUGUUGUCUCUGGGCUGGACAGUGCAACGUCUCUUAUUCAAGCAGCAAAAAAUCUUAUGAAUUCGGUCAUUCUCACUGUCAAAACAUCAUAUGUUGCCUCAACUAAAUUCAGGAAGGCUGACAAACCAAUUGUCAGCUGGAAGAUGAAAGCACCAGAGAAGAAGCCGUUGAUCAAAGUCGAUAUGUCUGACACUCGGAUGACCGUCCGCGGUACGGAUACCCAACAAGGCCCGUCACCAAUCCAACAGCUGAGCGAGAUCCAGUGAGGCUACUCAAGCCUCGUUAGUUAACCAAGAACCGUUAACUGCCAUAUAGAAACUGCUGUUUGUAAGCUGAUAGCAUAAGGAUAAUGGAUUUUAAACAGAACGCGAAAAUACAGUAGUUGUAGACCAUUUACUGUCUUUGAUAUUUUAAAGGUCUGUUUGUAUUCUAUUUCAGGCAGACCAUCCUCCGCAGGUACCGUUUCAGUCGGUCAUAUAGCAUUUUUGAUCAGCGUAAUUUAUUAGACCUCUAUGAUUGACGAUCUUUGGUUUUCUAUAUGAGUAUUUAUUUUUGAACUUUCAAUAAUUUUGAAAUGGUA